AUUCCUACGAGUCGGUACAGCAGAUGGAAAAGUCUACCCCUGUGAUAGUUCAACUCGAAGUCGGCAAGACUAUUGGCAAGUAUACGGUGAUCAAAAAGCUCGGAGAGGGAACAUUUGGAGCUGUGUAUAAGGUAAAAGAUGCAAAGGGUAAAAAAUACGCAUUGAAGGCAGAGAGCAUAAAUGAAAAAGUCCCGCUUCUUCGUCUUGAAUUGCUUGUAAUGCAACGUCUUCAAGCUCGACACGCUGUGCAUAUGGCUGAUUUAAUAGACAAGGGUCAUUCAGAUACAUUCAACUACAUCGUAAUGAAAUUGCUGGGAAAAUCGCUGCAGGCAGCGAAGAAAACUGGUCCUGAUAAACAUCUGUCUCUUGGCCCAGCGAUUGGGUGUGCAAUUCAAUGCUUGGAAGCCUUAGAAGAAUUGCACUGGGCAGGAUUUUUGCACAGGGAUGUAAAGCCAGGUAAUUUUGCCAUUGGACGCCCAGAAACGGGAGAUAUUCGAAAACUCUACCUGCUAGACUUUGGAAUGUGUCGGAGAUUUGUGGACAAAAAUAAUGUGAUGCUACAACCCAGAAAGAAAGCGCCUUUCAGAGGAACACCGAGAUAUGCCGCGAUUGCGUCUCAUUUGGGAAAAGAACACAGUAGGAAGGAAGACGUAGAGAGCUGGUUCUAUAUGCUCGUUGAUUUCACCAAUGCUAAAUUACCUUGGAAAGGAACUACAGAUAUAAGAGAAGUAGGGCAGAUGAAGAUGGACUCAAGGCAAGAACCACUUUUGAGUGAGAUGCUAAUCCUGUGUCCAACACAAGAGUAUAAGAAGAUCUUGAACCACAUUGAUUCACUCAUGUUCUUCGAUGAGCCGGAUUAUGAUAUGAUCUAUAGUACAUUACGAAGCGCAAUGAAAAGGAAAGGAGUUAGUGAAUUCCCUUAUGACUGGGAGAAGGAAGCUACACUGUCUUCCGACAAUUUAUGAAUAGAAUUUUAUUUGAAAAACUCAAUAUAUACUAAUAAG